CUUAAUAUAAUUUUCUCAGAAAGCGCAUACAAGCCUGACUACAUCUCUGUGACGUUUAUCUCUGCAGGCCGUGUUGUAAACCUGGCCAGCAUGUACGCGAGGAUGGGAAAUGCCAUGCGGUCACCUUACUGUGUGUCGAAAUACGGAGUGGAAGCUUUUUCUGAUUGCCUUCGCUAUGAGAUGAAGACCUGGGGAGUCAAAGUGUCCAUAAUCGAACCAGGAAACUUCAUCGUUGCCACUGGCAUCAUGACCCGAGACAUUGUGGCCAGCACGGCCAAUAAGCUGUGGAACGAGGCACCCUCACAUGUGAAGGAGGAUUAUGGGAGAGCGCACUUUGAGCAGAACAUGGCUCUGAUGCGCUCUUACUGCAGCAGCGGACAGAAGGAUGUCGCCCCUGUUCUGGAUGACAUCACUGAUGCCAUCAUGUCCAAGCGUCCUUACACGCGAUACUACCCCAUGGAGCCAUAUUGGUGGAUCAGAGUUCAGAUGAUGACCCAUCUGCCUGGCGCCGUAUCCGACUUCUUCUACUUCUAAAAGAGGAGCUGUUCCUGAAUUGGGUCACUCAGUUUCAUAUAGAAGCAUAUUAUUCAACUAUGUAGCGCUACACAGAUCAACAGACUUACCCUAAAGAGGGCUCUCUGCUACCUAUUCCUCAGCACUUUAAAUCAUUCACUGAUCAAGCCUUAAAACUUAACUGUAAGAUAAUUAUUGCACUUUGCUUUUUGUAUGUCUUACAAGAACCAUAACUUUAUCUAUACAGAUAUAUUCCAUGAUAAGUAGUAACUACUUUGUGUUGAAUGUCAGCAGGGCUAUGACAUAUAUGUAGUUAUGAAUACUGCAUUGUUGCUUGUUGUGGUGUUAGCUUAAAAGGACAGUUCACCCUAAAAUUUAAAAAAAUCGUAUUUUUACUCUUACAUUUCAUGCUAUUUAUCUCACGAGAUUAUUUUGCUGUGAGAUGCAAAGAGAUAUUUUCCAUAGAAAUUUGCCUUCUCUCUAAAUAUAAUGAAACUAGAUGGCACUCGGCUUGUGGUGCUCAAAAAAAAAAGAAAAGGAAAAACUGUGCCAGUCAUAUCGGAUUUGGCUGUUCACUUUGAAUAUUUGAUGAUUCAUUUUGUUUUCCAUAUAAAUCUGAAAGGGCUCUGCAGGCUGUUCAGCGUCACAGCAAGAUUUAUGUAACAUAUUAAACAAGCUAGCGGCGCUAAUGAUGGACCACAAAUGCCCAACAGCAUUUUUUACAGACACUAGACAUCACUUGCUGUGACCUGUAAAUUCUCCACAGUCUCUGUCUCACUCCAUGCUGUAGCCAAUUAAUUGUUUAUACAGUUUUUAAAAAGUUGGCAUAUGAACUAUUCAAUAAAGGGGAAAGUGUUAAACUUAUAACCUAAAUGGGCAAUAUAUCUCAGGAGACACAAACUGCAAUUUUCGCAACUAUAGCUCAUAUAUUGAAAAAAAUAAUGAAAAUAUGUUGUUUUAGCCUAGAUCCUUGGUAAAUGGCAAUUAACUAAUUUUCCAAAAUAUUUAACUGUACCUGCCCAAAGAGUGUUUUUUAUUUUCGGGUGAACUGUCCCUUUAAAAAAAGAUGUUUGUCCCCAUAUGACUUUUCCCCCUGAUGCUUGUCAUGUUUUGCCUUAUGGGAAUCUUCUGGGCCCCGACUGGCUCAAAGACCAAAGCUGGUCGAGCUCAAGAGAAGACUCCUGCUGUUCUGUUGUGGUUCUCGCCGGAACAAACCGUGGUCAGCUACAGUAAGGCGGUGGUGAGAUUUGGCUCGACUCACCCCAAAGUUACGCAACGACAACACAAGCCCACUUUGUCUCACAUGCAGCAUGAGACCCUGCGUGCUACUUUGACAGUGAGUUUGAUUGAUGUGAUUAAUGGGCGUGCUUGAGCAAAAAAAGGUUCUCCCCGUCCUCCCUCCCUCCCUCCGUAAUGGAAAAGUUUUCUGAAUAUAAAAUGAUGUGAAUGAAAAGAGCAUUUUAUUUUGAAACUGUUACAAUCACAGUAUCAUUUUUUCAAGAGUGAUUUGAAAUAAAGCGACCAAAACACAAUGGUGUUCUGCAUUUUGAGAUCGGCCUGGGAGGUUUUAGUAGAUGUAUGGUUACAAACAGCCACCAGGUGGCGUACAUGCGUCAUACAAAACUACAGUGGCUGCCCUCAUGCAUGAAUUAUCUGCAGUCUUUAAGAUAUUGUUAAUGUCCCAAUUUAAGCUGCAUUAUAAUCACAUUAUAGCAAAGCUGAAACACAGAGAGAAAAAUCGACCAAGUUUUUUAUGUAGUCAGGACUUACAGGCAACCAUUAGACCUAGUCUGCAAAACAUUUUGUCAAUUGCCAUUUUGAAUUCCAGUUUAAAAAAAACAAACAAAAAAACUGCUGAGAUAAAAUGAAAGUGGAAGUACCAACAUUUAACACUCAGUUUUGAGCAUUCAAACACUGCGACGGAUAAAAACAGACGUAUCAUUUUUAUGCCGUUUAUUACGUCUUUUCAACACUCUAAUAAACUCUUCUAAAUUAUUACACCUGAAGACGAUCUCCCCUCCAUAAAAACAGUAUUAAGAGCAUGACAUUAAAUUUCACAGCACUGCCUUUAUCAUUCCACAGCAUGGAUCUGUUUUCUUCACUCUCUCUCUCAUACAGAAAAAAAAAAAAAAAAAAAAAAGCUCUGUGAGACAACGGACACCAAGAAGCAGCACAAAAGCACCAAAGUUGAACACGGGUCAGUUGUUCGGAAUAUUAUCAAGAAAUCAAUGUGGAGAUUCAAGAUUAUCUCAGGCUUGGUAAGCAGUCGGGAAGCAAAAGAGAUGUCCGGCUGCGAUGUAGUUCUUGAAACAUAGUUUGAUGAACAAUCACUUGAUAAUAUCCGUCACAAAUGACUUCAGUGUAAGCAGAUUUAAAACCAUUUCUGUACAGCUACAAGGCUCUGCUCAUGCGGCCUCCGUUGGUGUAAAAUGAAAAAAGAUCCCAGUUUAUAACAAUAUCUAUGCAGGGAGAUACUGUAGUUCUGUUUUCCAAUAUCGAGUAAAACAUUUAAGUAUUGAGGAUUUCUUUUUUUUUUUUUUUUUUUUUUACAUAUUUAAGUGGCUAAACUGCAAAAGUGAAUGUCUUACACUAGUCUUAUAUGAAAUACAUACAGACAUAAAAAACUAUUUCCUUGGAAACCAUGACAGUUUCUUCACAACCGACGAUACGUGAUGCCGUUAACUUGAGGUGCUCGUACAUGAGAUUCAGGUCAUGAUUACAUCACACCUGGGAGGGUUAUGUUUCUGAAUGAACACCAGCACAUAUUUUAUACUGUACACGUAGGCAUUCGCUUUUCACUUAAGGAGUUAUACUUGAUGAAAUCAGCAAAGGUAAGGUCACUUGAAACUACACACAAUAUCAUCUAAUGGGCAUUUUAUGCGUGACGAAAAAACAAAAAGACAUGUUCAGCCAAAUGAGCUAAAUGAGAAAACACCCUUCUCUGUAAGGAUGACACCCCCCGACGCAUCGCUCGCUAAUCAGACUGACGCACAUGCAAAGCUUUAACCAAAUAGCACGCACGGGUGACAAGAGAAGUGGGAAGAAGAAAAAAAAAAAAAGGGACGCUAAACCUUUGGUUGACAGAAAGCUGUGAAGGCACAUUUAAAAUCUCCUCCUAAAUCCUUCAAACUGGGGCACGUAGCGUUGGCGUUUGUCACUUUAAUGCUGAGUUAUAUUGCAGAUGCUGUAGAGCUGGAAGUCAGGGAGGAAAUUUAACACACACAAGAAAAUGGGUUGUUGAUAGCGGAUGGUUAUUACUGUGGGGCAGGCAAACACGAUCGCACCUGAAGUGUCGGAAGAAAUGGCACAAAAACAACACCAGGGACUGGGUGUAAGAAAUGACAUGUGAUGGGAUU